GUAACUUCGUAUUGCACAACUUUUAGCAAUGCAUUACAUGUAUAAUCUGAUCACUUAUAUAAAAGUACCUGUAUUAAAACUACAAUAUUUAGUAAAGACUAAAGAGUUAAACUAAUUUUGUACUUGUAACAGUGUACAGAGAACUUCUAAUAAUACUCAAAAGUCACAUUUAUAGGGAUAUUUUGAACAUGGCAGAAGCUGAUUCAGUGUUAUCUUUCAAUAAUUUUGAGAUGGAACCUGAAAAUGUAACUCAAAUUUCACCCAUUAUCAAAGAAGAACUACCUGAUAAAGAAGUUUGUGUCUUCUACCUUGCAGGAAAAUGUCGAUUUGGUGCAGAGUGUAGAAACAAACAUGAAGACCCAGCUAUUGACUUGGCUAAUAAUUCUGUAUUUUCCAAAUCAAAACGAACAACUCAAAAACCACAAGACAGAUUAUCGAAGAAGCAAAAACUUAAAUUAUUAAAGCAAUCUGUUGAAGAUGCAGAGACGCAGACGACAAAGAAGCCUUCUAUGAAAACAGCUGUUGAUGUUAUUUCCAGAAUCCAAUGGGAUGAUUUGCUGUGCAAAGAAUAUUUUAAAGUAGGCUAUCUAGAUAGAUUUCUUGGGAUAGUUGAAAAACCUUUUCUUGCAUUUGACUGGAGUGACCCUUCCAUUGUAGAUAACUACACCUUGGCAAUUCCAAAACAUAGAAUCCAUUAUUUUAAAUACAAGCAUAAGAAAGUAUGGGACAAAAAUGAACGCUUGGAUGCAAUUUUUGGUUCAACAGGAAGUGACAUCAGCAUUAGUGAUUUAAUGAAAGAAGUUGACGAAGAAGAGAAGAUAAUGAACAAAAAAGGAUUAGAAGUUGAGGAGAGAGAAAUUGAUGAUGAAAUGUCUAGUAUUUACUCAGAUGAAAGUUACAGUGAUGAUUCUGUUGAGGUCCAUAUUCAAGAAGGAGCAAAAACAGGUGAGACAGUUACCUCAUUUUGUACGCAUGCAUCUGAAAUAAAGGAGAACAGUGAUCGGAGCAGAACAAAAAGUCAGUUUGAAUCUUACCACAAUAAUAUUCAACCAAAUUUCUUCAUUGCAGUAAGACUUACAGAACCAGAUGUAUUGGACAAAAUUUUGGAAGUCCGUGAUCAUAUUCAGUCCCUUGAACCAGUACUGAAAGAAUGUUGCAUGAAUCGAGAAACUUUUCAUCUCACUCUUUCCAUGUUACACCUGGAAUCUGUAGCAGAAAUUAAUCAAGCUUCAAGGGCCAUCCAUCUUAUAAAAGAUGAGUUAUGUGAUUUUAUAAAUCCCCAUAUUGAGCUUCAAUUACGAGGUCUUGAUAACUUUGAACAGAGAGUUGUUUAUGUCUGUGUAGAAAAUCAACCUUCUUUCAUUACUUUUGUUGAAAAAGUGCAACAACUUUUAGAGCGUGAAGGUGUCACUUUAGCAAAUAAUUUUAGUUUUGUCCCUCAUGUGACAUUAUUAAAAGUCAAUAGACCUGUUUCUAGAUUAAGACGUACAAAAUACAUAGACCCUUCUCUUUACUUGAAAUUUGCACAAAACCACUUUGGUUCUAUGAAAAUUGAUAACAUUCAUCUUUGUGAAAUUGGAGAUCACAGAAGAAAAGAUGGAUUCUAUCAGUGUGUCACCCAGUUAACCUUAUAGUAACAGAUUUUUAGGUCAUCUAAAGUUAUUUUUGAUGUUAGAAAAAUUUGUCUUACGUAGACAGUGGUUCCCAAACUUUUUUGUCUAAGGACCAUCUGAUUUUUUUUUUUAGGGAGGGGGACUUGGCAGACCACAUAAUAACAGUAUAAUUUAACAAAACAAGCAGUAAAAAACACUUUGUUAUUAAUAUUAAUUGCAUACUUACUUUUGUAAGUUUUAAUGCAGGGGGCCUAUUUUUGUGAGCAAAGUUCUGUAAUGUUUGUUAGAUUUAUCCUCAGGUUCAGUAUUUAUCCUGCUUCUGUGUGUGUGUGGACUUUAGGGCUGCAAGUGAUGAAGAUUCCAUAAAAGCAAAUGGCAUCAGAAAACAAACUGAUUUAUCUACAAGUUCUGGGUACUCUCCAGUUCUCUAAAUCCAAAACCCUAAUAAUAUUUUAUUUUUAAACUCUGAACUUAAUGUUCUAUUGAAAGAAAGCUCCAUCAAGCAUUCUUCUUUCAUAGAGAAGCCAGCAAGCAGGUCAUUAUUUAACAAUGUGCUAAAAUUCCCAAGUCAAUAAAAUAUUUUUGCACCAUAUGAUGAAGAUUUUAACUUUUCCACAUAAUUUAUACAUAUUUUUCCUGUGUCUCAAUUAUCAAGUUAGCUCAAGGAUCUACAAACUUUAGCAUAACUUUUCCUCAAACUAUCCAAACGGAGCCCAGAGAUCAUAUUUGAAAAUAUUGGUCUCAAACCAAAUUCAUGUUAAUAUCAACUUUCCAAAUAUGUUUUUGGAAAUCAGUUUCUUUAAUCUAUUACAGUAGGUUUUGCAUGCACAUAUCAGGCUUUAAUAUGUUCCUUGAUGAAGACAUAUACUAACAGAUCAAAAGUACCAUUAUGGCCUGCUGGUUAGUGUGCAUGACUCUCAAUCUGCAGGUUGUGGGUUCUAAUUCAGUCACCGAACAUGCUUGCCCCUUUCAGUCAUGUGACGGUCAAUCCCACUGUUUGAUAGAAUAGCCCAACAGAUGGCUAGUGCAGCUAAUCCUCGAAUAGCUUUGCAAAAGAUUCAACUAACAAACAAGCAGAUCAGUAUAUCUUCUCCAAGCAAGCUGUAACUGCUGGAUAAAGGCAAUGGAAGUAACAAAACCUUAGGUCAUAGCACCCAACUGCAUUGGGGAUGUUCCAUCUAUCAAGCAUCUAUUAAGGAUGACAGUGAGGAAUGGUAGCAGAGGCAUGUUUUUGAAAUUCAACUAUAUUUUGCUGUUUUUCGUUUAUAUUAAAUUCAUUAUUGUUUUACAGUGCUGAUUUUAAUUGCCUAUGAAUAAUUAAUAUAUUGCAUAGUAUGGUAUCUAUUGAUUUAUAUAUAUGUAUAUAUAUAUUUGUGUGUGUGUGUGUAAAAUGAACAAUGUAGAUUUAGAAUGGAAACUUCAUUAUCAGUUUAUUUGCCAGAAAGCAACAUUUAAUAUGAAGGUCAUCCUUGAUAGCAUAUUUUUAUGUACAAGUAUUACACAUUGUUGAUGUAAACUCAUGAUGUGAUUGAUUAAGAUAAGAGGUUUUUCUAAUACACUCACAGUUUCUCUAACUGUAUUUAUAUUCUUUCAGUAAAGCCAAGACAACAAAAUUAGUGAAAAUGCCAUUAUUUGAAAGUUCUAUUUGAAUAAAACAUUAUAAUUUUCUCAUCAGGUAAAUUGUUAAUUACCAGUAAAAUCACGUAGGAUGGAUCAAACUUUAACCAAUCAAUUGUAUUCUAGGCUUUCUAUUGGUUAUAGAUUUAAUAGGACUCGGCCUCAGAAAAAUUUAUUAGCAAAUUGUAAAUUAGAUCAAGUCAAAGGUGGGCGUGGCAAGAGGUUCUUGCAUUUUCAUUGAUUGCUCUUUAGUUCCAUAAGAUUGAAGGAUAUAAAAAUGUAGAUUAAUAAGAUCAAUGACGAAAUUAUACAGAAUAUUUUAGGUUACAUAUCGUAGUUUAAAGGAGGUGGACAAAAAAAUCCAGAAGAUGAAAGACUUCAGAACAAAUAUUCAAAUUCUUACACUAGAGUAAUUUGAGAUUAUUUUAAACUAUUUUCUUAUAUAAUUAAGAACUUAAAACGUAUAUAAUAUUAAAAGUUGUGCAUACUGCAAGUGAUUCUAGUGCCAGUAAUAAGGAAAAAAUUCAUCUCAGUAUAAAAAAAACUGGAAAUCAUCAAAAAAUUUGAUGAAGGCUAGAGGCUCAUAGAGAUCGCCAAAGUGUUCAAGCUCUCACCAUCAACUAUAGCAACUAUUAAGAAAGAAAAAUUAUCCAAAGUGCUAAGUCUGCGACACCUGCAUCUGCUAAAUUACUAACUAGGUAUCGCACUAACAUAAUGGAAGAAAUUGAAUGUCUGUUAGCUUUAUGGGUGGAUGGCAUGAAGCAGUGAAAGGAUUCUCUGAUGACUAACAUGGCUAUGCAGGAAAAGGCACUUUUAUUAUUUGAAGACCUGGUGAAAAAGAACAGACAGAACCAGGACCUAGUACAAGUACUAAAGAAACUGCAAGCAGAGGCUGGCUUGAUAGGUUUUUAAAAAGACACAGUUUAAAGAUGACCAGUUCUAAAAGGUAUUGUUAUGUCUCUGUUCGUUUGUUAAUUUCCCAUAUAAUUUCUUUCUGGUGAAACUUUAGUG